GACUUGAUCCAACAACAAAAGAAAAGAAAUUCUCAGCCAAAAGCAAUUUGUUUGUUUCCUUGAUACUUUAGAACUUUAUUGUGAAUGCUUGGGUUGAGUUUCUAUACAAAAUGAAUCUAGAAUUACAUAAACGUUAUACUAUAGUUGUGAAAUAAGGUAAAAUUACGCAAUUCACUGAACUCGCUUCAAUACAUUCAGUUAUGUGAAAAUGAUGUUCCGUCAUCAAAUGUUGUUUUAGAAAGAUGUUUAUUUUUAGUUUACCAGCCCUUUGCGCAUAGGAUCAAAGUUUUCUAUAUUAAAACUGAUUGUUGCAAGUAAGAUAUAUCGCUUUACAACCCCUAGGCAUGUUUAAACAAGUCUACAGAUACAACACAGGACAGACAUUCACUAGGGGUGUGAUUCUGAGAGAUUUAAAAGAUUCACAAACUCAUCAAACAAGCUGAGGACGAUACACGGCUGUAAGCUCUCUGAUGGCUCUAGAUUGACUGAUAACAUUGACGGGGAAUUUCAUUCUUGUGUGUUGUGUAGAAAUGGAGAAGAUUGUAGAAAGCGGUCUGUCUUUAAUUUACAUGUUUGUGACGGUUGUAAGUGUUGGCUUACUGCUCGUGCAGGGUGUGAAGGGCAGGCCGGUGAGGUGGUUGGUUGUUCUCGUGGUUUCUGAAGGGACAUUGAGCUGUUUGGUCCAUUCAUCUUUUCUAAAAGUGGCAUUAGCGACUGUGCUAUGCAGUUUGGUGCACUACAUAGGGAGAGAAGAGGUCAUGUUACCUACCCUAAACAAAGCAGUACUGAUCACAGGUUGCGAUUCUGGUUUGGGUCACGAUCUGGCCAAAUUUCUGGACAGCGCAGGGAUGAGGGUGUUUGCGGGGGUUCUGGAUGAAUGCGGUCCUGGAGCUCUGGAGCUCAAGGGAGCUGCAUCUUCAAAACUCACCGUUCUACAGUUAGACGUCACAAACAGAAGACAGAUCACACAAGCGUAUGAGUUCAUCCGGAGUCAAAUGGGUGAAACAGGUCUCUGGGGACUAGUGAACAAUGCAGGUGUGCUUGGAUAUGUGUGCGACGGAGAAAUCCUGCCAAUUAAAUUAUAUAAAAAGUACUUUGAUGUAAAUUUCAUUGGUAGUGUGGAGGUGACACAAGUCUUUUUGCCGCUGAUACGUCAAUCAAAAGGAAGAAUUAUCAGCAUAUCAAGUAUGGCAGGAGAAAUCCCUCUUCCUGGAUUUUCAGCCUAUGGGGCAUCUAAAGCAGCUCUGACUGUAUACAGUGGAACAAUAAGACAGGAACUCUCACGCUGGGGAGUAAAAGUCAUUGUCAUUCAACCUGGGGCUUUUAAAACAAAUAUUUUUGGCCGCAGAGAGCAGUGGAUUGACGUUCAGGAGGAGAUCCUCAGUGGUAUAUCCCAAGACAUCAUGGAAGCGUAUGGAGAAGAAUACAUCCGCUCAAUGCAGCAGCGGCUGGUCGAGAUGUCUUCAACGUCAAGCCCCAACACAGGGCCAUUCCUGGAGGCUUUAAAACAUGCUCUCCUCUCCUCAAGACCAAAUCCAUUUUACUACCCGGGGGACGCAGCGUGGGCUCUUCCACUUCUCUACAGACAUUUCCCCACCUCGCUGUCAGACAAGAUCUUCUCACGAAUCUUUAUGACUGGUGAUGCCAAACCAGCACAACACUGAAUUUCU